AUGAAACAGACCUGGGGGCGGUUCUUGUCGGAUCGUUCAAACUUCUCACAAAAGUGCGCUAAGCUAGACGAGGAUCAUAAAUGGCACGGUGCCUACACCAAUGAAAAACCGAUAGACAAUGGAUCCGAUACCACUCCAAUCACUAAGCUUUUCACUGUGAAGAACCAUAUCGCAACCAGACGGUCUUUCCUAACGAUCAGCACGAUGAACGGUACCAUAGCUUCUUCCGCCGAUCAAACCAGCGUGACGUUGGUGUCACUAGAUAGUGGUGAAUGUGUUGAGGUGACGGAGGGUUUCAUCAUGGACGAUAUGCCAAUGCGAGCGGUAGAAUCGAUCGGGGAACUGGUAACGCGCUGGACACACCUGAGAGACUUACAUUUGGAAGAAACCGACUCUCCUGAGAUCGAUUUGUGA